GUUGAUGGAUAUACGCCGAGGUCUUUGGAUGAGUUGCUCUGACACAAGCUGCAGGCGUGGCGGAUGGAUCUCGGCGUCUUAAUGGAAAACAGAAACUUUAAUGACUCCGGACAGUGGACGUGAGGAAUUCUUCAAGGAAAGAGUUUAAAUGUGCAUCAAACAAUAACCCAGGGUAACUGGGAUGAGCUAGACCUUUCGUUCCUCAAACAAUCUCAAUGGAUCCAUGUAGACUUUCCUGUACGCACCUGUCGUCAUUCCUACUAAAGAUCUACUGUUUGGUAUUCCUUCUUCAAAGCGCCAGUGCUGACUGGCUGAUGGACUGUGGAGACUGUCACUGCAAAUGGAACUCCGGCAAGAAGACGGCCGAUUGCCGCAACUUGAGUCUGAGUGGAGUACCCGAGAACCUCAGUCCGGAGGUUCAAGUCCUGGACUUAUCACACAACCAUAUUUUCUACCUGGAGGAGAACGCAUUUUCGACCACCCACCUGCAGAAUCUGCAGAAGCUUCUCAUACGCAAUGGCACUUUGAAACGCUUCAACCAUCAAAGUUUCACCCAACUACAGAUCUUGAUUGAGCUCGACUUGUCCAACAAUCUGCUGCAGGAUCUGGUGCCCAGUGUUUUUGACUGCCUGUCGAAAGUGCGGGCAAUACUACUGAAUGGCAACCUGAUCAAAACCCUACGCCAAGGGGUCUUUCGGAACCUUAAGUAUCUGCACAAGAUCGAGAUGAAGCGCAACCGCCUGGUUAGCAUAGAUGCCCAGGCUUUUGUGGGAGUACCGCUGCUAUCGCAGAUCUAUCUCGACAACAAUGAGCUCACCAAACUGAGGGUGGACAGUUUUCAAGGCCUAAAACUUACAGCAUUAUCCCUGGCAGAGAAUCCGUGGAAUUGCACUUGCGAUCUUCAGAUGUUUCGGGACUUCGUCAUAGGCAUGAACCUGUACACCCCGCCCACAGCGUGCCACUACCCCAUGCAGUUGCGAGGUCGUCUGUGGAUCGAGGAUCAACCAGAGGCCUUCGCCUGCAAACCAAAGAUAGUGUAUCCCACACUCGGCACCUCCAUUAACACGUCCAAAGAGAAUGUAACGCUCAUAUGCCGGGUGCAGGGAUCUCCAAACACGGUCAUUGCCUGGGACUACAACAGCCAAGUAUACGAAUCUCGCUCCAAGCAGGCGAAAGGUCUGCAAAGGCAGCGAGUUUAUAUAGAAAUGCUGCGUGAAGACGAGCCCAAGGCUCAAAAUUUUGGUCAUGACGUUUUCGUCUCUCGUCUCACCAUUGUAAAUGCCAGGAAGAGCGACGAGGGUGUCUACACCUGUCUAGCAGAGAAUCCUGGAGGCAAGGACUCUGUUCACAUCAGUGUGGUGGUACAAAAGGACCUACAACGGAUUCCCCUUAUCGACACCAACUUCCUUGCCAUAGUCUGCCUUAUAGCUAUGGGCUUCCUCAGUAUGUCGAUCCUAUUGUCCUUGGUGACAUGCUUGAUUUUCAAGCGCUUCAAACAGUUGCAUCCUAGUCAACAUACUUACUUGGAACCUACCAGUUUUUCAGCUCAGCAACUUGAGGGCGAAGAAAGGAUCAGCGCCUUGAGCUCAGGUGAUAUUCAGGGGGGAAAGAUUGUAUUGGAUCCUUUAAGUGCGGAUAGUAAGAAUUAUAUGUUAUUCAAUGGCAACGAAAUGUACGAAGAGAACUCCCGAGCAAAGGGAAAACCUGAUGACGAGAGAUCAAAGACAAAUAGAUAUUUUGGAUACCUUGACAAUCAGACAGGCCCUACUUCAUCGGGGAGUAAGGGGCCAUAUUCAGCCAGUUCUGCCGUACAAAACAAUGAAGAGCUCAAACAGAAAGAUAAGCUCGACGACAUUCCCCAACGUUUUGAUCUUAUGGGUUCGUCGCACUCCAGUGGCGGCUCAAAGAAGAAAGGACCUUACGAAGAACACCAACCGGAUCUCUUGCCUUCCAAUGAAGCCACUGCCUUUAGAAACAAUGAAGAACCCCUGGGCCAACCUCCGAAAAAGGAAGUGAUUAACCCUCGUAGCAAAUAUAAUACCAACGUGCAAAAGUACCUUAAGGAGAAGUACGGCAGCGUUCGAUUAAAUAAUGCCAGCACUAACAAGGACAUCAGUGCUGACAUGGUCAAACCAACAACGUCUGCGAAACCGCCGUAACCUCCUAUAUCAUUCUAGUUUGGUCAUCCCUCCUGGAUUUAAAAUCUGUAUUUAUCACCAUCGUCAACCCUACCUCUCCUCCAAGAGAAAAGAGGAAGAAACACAACCUUAAGAUGUAAUCAAGAAGAAAUGUACCUCGCCUUAUUUCUGGUAGUAACUGGUGUACUUUUAACCUUAAUAAUAUAAGACUAUUUAUUUACGCAGUUCUAAGUGUUUUAUCCCACACUUUAAGUGAAAACGAAGUAAUAAAGUUUAAAGUGAUGCCUUUAAAUU